AUGGCUGCCAUUCUCAUGCUUUUGGCGACCCUGAGCCUGGUGUCCGCAGACCUCAGCGUUGGCAAGUUGAACAACACACAGGGCGCUGGUCCCCGGCAUUUGGCGGCUUGCGGCGCACCCGGCAAAGUGGACUGUGGAGUCUGCGAGUGCACGGUUAGGUCCGCUUGCCAGUGGUGCGACGGCAUGGGCGGCCCUGCUGCUGUUGGCAGCGUCAGCCGACCAUACGGUGCUGCUCCUGCAGGUGCCGUGAGCUCUGGCAAGCCCGGAGAGUGCCCGGCGAAUUUGGUGAACUGCGGUGUCUGCAGGUGCACCACGAGGAGCGCCUGCCAGUGGUGCGACGGACAGGGGGGCCCCGCCUCCAUCACUGGGCCUGGAAGCAUCAGCGCCGUCCCACGAGGCUCUGCGCUGGCAGUGACGCUGCUGGCGCUUCCGGUGACCAUCGCUCUGUGGCAGUGA